CCGCCAAUUAAAAUUGCCCUGGUAAAUUGUGCCCAGGAAGCCGUUUGCCGCCAUGGCCAGAAGAGCUUUAAAACUAGCGUCACUUGUCAGUGGAGUAGGGGCCACUGCUGGUUUAUAUAUGUACAGCAACAAGCAUCUGGAUCCCAAUGAUUUUGGAAUUGUUCGAGUAGGCAGAGCUGUUGCCACAACAGCAGUGAUUACUUUUGACUACCUCACUUCUCUUCGAAAUUUUCCACGUGGGACAGAAGAGUAUGACUAUGUCAAAUCACAGGUGCAUCUGCGUUCUGCAGAACGUCUCCGAGAUUUAUGCUGUGCCAACCGAGGUACCUUCAUCAAAGUAGGACAGCAUCUGGGGGCUCUUGAUUACCUCUUGCCUGAGGAGUACACCCGCACCCUCAAGAUUUUGCACAGCCAAGCUCCUCAGAGCAGCAGGCAGGAAAUCGAGCAAGUGAUCCAGGAGGACCUAGGCAAAGGGAUCAAUGAAUUGUUUGCCAGUUUUGAAGAUGUUCCAUUGGGGGCAGCAUCGUUGGCCCAAGUCCACAAGGCUGUGCUACAAGAUGGGAGGACAGUUGCUGUGAAGGUUCAACAUCCUAAGGUCCAAGCACAGAGUUCUAAGGAUAUUCUACUGAUGGAGAUCCUCAUCUUGGUUGUGAAGCAAAUAUUCCCAGACUUUGAGUUUAUGUGGUUAGUGGACGAAGCUAAGAAGAACUUGCCUCUUGAACUUGAUUUCCUUAAUGAGGGAAAGAAUGCCGAGAAGGUAGCCUACAUGCUCAGAUGCUUUGACUUCCUAAAGGUUCCAAAAAUUUAUUGGGAGCUUUCAACAAGACGUGUUCUUUUCAUGGAGUUCAUGGAAGGUGGACAAGUGAAUGACAAGGACUACAUGGACAGAAACUGCAUCAAUGUCAGUGAGAUCUCUCGCAACCUGGGAAAGAUAUACAGUGAAAUGAUCUUUGUGAAUGGCUUUGUGCAUUGUGACCCACAUCCUGGCAAUGUCUUGGUGAGGAAGUGUCCAACUACAGGCAAGUCACACAUUAUACUUCUGGACCAUGGACUCUAUCAGGUCCUGACAGACAGCUUCCGCUUGGAUUACUGCCGACUUUGGCAAGCCCUGAUCAAGGCAGACAUCAAGCAGAUAAAAAAAUAUAGCCAGCACCUGGGGGCAGGGGAUCUGUACCCCCUAUUUGCUUGCAUGCUUACUGCACGUUCCUGGGAAUCAGUCAACAAAGGCAUUGAUCGUUUGCCCGUCACAAGUAACGAGGAUGUAGAAAUCCGGACCAAUGCUGCUACUUACUUACCUCAGAUCACCAAGCUUCUCAGCAAUGUUCCUCGUCAGAUGCUGUUGCUGCUGAAGACCAAUGAUUUGCUAAGGGGGAUUGAAUCCGCCCUGCAGACACGGGCUAAUGCCAGCUCCUUCCUCAACAUGUCUCGCUGCUGCAUACGAGCUGUUGCUGCGUAUCAAAGGAGCAAGAGUAACUCGCUGUUCAGAAAGGCCCAGAUAUCCCUUUCUGAGGCCUUGAGCUUGUGGCAGAUCAACCUGUAUGAACUAUUUCUAUGGCUGAAAGUGUCCCAGCUGGGAAACUGGGUCAUUGCUUUCUUGAAGUGGAUGCACUGUUCUAAGUAGCAGAAGAAUGUGUAUUAGUGAAGCUGGCCUUGAUUUCGUCUUGCCUUUCCCAUUGGUAGCAUUCACUUCUUAUUUAUUUUUCCUGUAGUGUUUUUGGUGUUUCUUCAUGUAUACUGUACAUGGUGCUAUAGAUUCAUUGUAUUUUGCAGGGUCAUCUUUGUAAAAAUAGGAAAUACAAAAUGGCAGCUAGAACUAAAAGAAGCCAGAAACUUGCAUUUCCAAAUAUAGUGCAGGGGAAUUGAUAGGCCUUUGAAAGUCCUCCAGUAAAAUCUAAAUGACCCAAAUUAAUUUUUAUAGGGCCAUUUUUUUUUUUAAAAAAAGGGCAAUUAAAUUAUGAAACACAACUUUAAAAUCUGCAAUGAAUAGUGAGCUUUUAGCAGUACUUUAUGGUCAUCUUCUCCAAGUUUUACUUUACUUUGUAGUCUAUGUUUUAGACUAUAACUACAGUUGGCCAGUAGUCAGAUAUUAGCUGAAGUUCAAACCAUGUUGAAGGUAUCAAGUUGGGUAAGGGUAUUCUUUGGGUUCCUUGAGCUGUUGUACUACAUGAUAGCCGUAUUAAUAUAUUCUCAUCUCUCCUGAAAGAUACGAAAAUAAAAUGGAAAUCAUAUGGACAAGGAACUAUAGUCAGGAUUAUUGAAUAGAUAUUUGUUUUGGGAAGGAAAGCCUAGGGUUGAAGAUCUAUUUUCAUAACUGACCUUUAGAUUGUGAGUUUAGGUCAUUUUUUUGUAUGCUCUUUUUGUCAUAAUCACAGAAAUGUGAGCCUUGUUUGAAAUGUAGAGAAUGAAGGCAAUGUUAAAUAGCAGCUUAUUGUUUCAAGAAUUCAUUUCCAAGUCAAAUAUUCAUUAUGUAUGAAUACAUAAUGUAGAGGAAAUAUUCACUCAUUUCUUACACAGAAUCCAAGUAAUAUCCCUCCUCCCCAAAUAAUUCCAUUCUUUUCACUUUCCCUAUGGAGAAAUAAAUAAAUAAAUAUAAAAACAUAGUAAAUAUGAUAUAAAAUGUAACAUGGUUAUUGAGCUUAUUAUCUCAAAAACCUCUGCAUAACAGGGCUUACACUAAUGUAUUAUGUCAAGGAAGGGAUAUCAUAAAUUAUUAGCAAAAUUUCAACUUUUAUAAAAGUGGUAUGGAAAUGUAAGAAUUAUUUUAUUAUAGGGAAUAGUGGCCUUUUUUCUGUAUUAAUAAGGAUACGUCCAUUUAAUUAAUUAUUUUCAACCAACUAAUGUAAAUAAAACUUUAUACAUAGAAAUCUACGUUUAAUUAUUUUGAUGUAUGUGACAGGGCACUUGUUACAUUUUUUAAAAAUGUACAGUAGGUUCUUGGUGAAAUCUUCCAUAGGAUCAGAAGUAGUGAUGUAUCAAAUACUAAAAUUGUACAAGUCACAACCAAAUUUUAAUCACUAUUUCUUUGGAUAUAAAUAUUAGGCAUAGUUAUAUCUGAUUGUAAUGUCAGCAUUUUAUUUGACAAACCAUGGGCGCAUUAAUUAACAGAUUAACUACCAGUUACCUUUCUAGUUUUCAAAAAUAUGAAACAAAAUGUGUUAAAAGUUAAUUGGUGCAUUCAUUGGAUCCUGCCUCAUUCAGUUCCAGAAUAAAAUAUCUGAUUCAUAACUGCUGGAAUGUGGAACUUGUUAUUUACUCAAUAAUGCCAAUUUCAAUAAAAUCCUUCAAAACAUUAA